GUCAUCACGGUCUCCUCUCCUCUCCUCGCUCUUUAAAGGCAACGCUGGUUCCACCUCCUUACAUCAAUCCGGACACGAGUUGCGCUUUGGAAGGAAGGAAGGAAGGAAAUUUGAAAUCCAACAUAAAAACGAUGGCCACGAUCUCAAGUGUAAAAGGUGCACAGAAUAUGGCCAUAGAUCUCACAAAGAAAGAUGGGAUCGUUUAUGUGUUGGAGAAGACUGAAGGACUUGAUCAGAAAUGGAAUGAAGCUAGUUCGGAAGGGCCAAACAAGAACUCGGUCUCAUAUCAAAAUGUUCUGACCAAAGCUUUCAUGUACCCAGAUGAUCGUCAACAAAAUACGGAUGGGGUGAGAACAAAACAAGGAAGCAAAUAUCAGUGGACUAAACAGACGGCCGGUGAUCACUUCCAACUUAUGAUCCAAAGUGGAGACAGCAUUAAGGCGAUAAAAUUUUUGGCUAACAACCAGCCUGUUAAACUUGCUGAUUUGGACCCUGACGACGACGCGUUUCUGUGGGAUAUCACUUCCUAAGAGCGCGCGCUUUUAAUAGUUAUAGCUACUAUUACUUAUUUAAAUAAAGUGAAGGAGUGUUUAUGUUGGGGAUGAUGGCUUUCUUUGUGGCUUCAUUCCUCAAAAGCAUUAAUCUUCCAAUUAAUAAACUAGCAGUUGCACGCGUUUUUUCGUGCAAUGGAAAGCUGAUAGGCAAUCAAGCAUGCAAUGCUAAAGGUAUUGAUAGUCACAAUUCACUAUGUUAAUCAUUGUGGUGUC